AAAGAGGUAGCGGCGGCGGCGGCGGCGGCUUCUUCGGAGGGCUGUGAUUCGCUCACAGGAGCCAUUGACGGGAGAAGACGAGGCUUUCAUGGUGGAAUUUACCUCUGGCGAGAUCGAACAGCUGCAAUAAAAAAGAGAGAGAGAGAAGCGCACGCGGGAGGGCUAGAAAGAGCAGCCUCCCGGCACCUCCCCUCCGCCCGCUGUCUUGAGCAGCACCGGGCCCAGUCUGCCGACCCCUCUCCUACCCUCCCCCGCUCCCCACCGCCACUCAACCCUCCGGCCCGACCCCGCGGGACCCUCGCAGGAUUGUUCCGCGAAGGCGUGAAGGCUGUGGGUUUGUCCAUGGAGACAGGCACCCUUUUCGAUCCAGUCGAGGAAGAGGAUUUGUUGUUCUCUAAUUCGGAGUGAAGGAAGCACCGAAGCGAAACUUAAAAAGGAAUCCUGCUCUCCCGGAGCCACAGGCGAUGAGACUCGGGCCGCCGGGCGCCUUCGCCGCCGCCGCCGCCCGCACGACUUCGCCCUUCCCUAGCAGUCGGGAACUUGUUCUGAUCCUCGGCCCCCUAAUCGAAUCCCCGUUCUCCACCACUGUGCACCCUGGAUAUGUUUUCUCCCAGACCUGGAUAUUUCUUUGAUAUCGUGAAACUACGAGGGAAAUAACUGCGAGGCUUUCCUCUUGUCUCCCUGCUGCUUCUCCCCACGGACAUGCCUUCAGUUUGGGGGGCCACGGCACCCGGUCCUAGGCGAAUGAACUCCCCCAGCCGCGAGGGAGAGAAAUGAAGGGAAUUUCUGCAGCGGAAUGAAAGCUCUGCAGCUAGGUCCUCUCAUCUGCCAUUUGUCCUUUCAAACUGCAUUGUAGUACGGGCCGGGGAUGACUUCCUCGCUGCAGCGGCCCUGGCGGGUGCCCUCGCUGCUAUGGACCGUUCUGCUGGUCAGCACUGCGGCCGCUUCUCAGAAUCAAGAACGUCUAUGUGCAUUUAAAGAUCCAUAUCAGCAAGACCUUGGAAUAGGUGAGAGUCGAAUCUCUCAUGAAAAUGGAACAAUAUUGUGCUCAAAAGGUAGCACCUGCUAUGGCCUCUGGGAAAAAUCAAAAGGGGACAUAAAUCUCGUAAAACAAGGCUGUUGGUCUCACAUUGGAGAUCCCCAGGAGUGUCACUAUGAAGAAUGCGUAGUAACGACCACCCCUCCCUCAAUUCAGAAUGGAACAUAUCGUUUCUGCUGCUGUAGCACAGACUUGUGUAAUGUCAACUUCACUGAGAAUUUUCCACCUCCAGAUACAACACCACUCAGUCCACCUCAUUCAUUUAACCGAGAUGAAACAAUAAUCAUUGCUUUGGCAUCAGUCUCUGUAUUAGCUGUUUUGAUAGUUGCCUUAUGCUUCGGAUACAGGAUGCUGACAGGAGACCGUAAACAAGGUCUUCACAGUAUGAACAUGAUGGAGGCAGCAGCAUCAGAGCCCUCUCUUGACCUAGAUAAUCUGAAACUUUUGGAGCUGAUUGGCCGGGGUCGAUACGGAGCAGUAUACAAAGGUUCCUUAGAUGAGCGUCCAGUUGCUGUAAAAGUGUUUUCCUUUGCAAACCGUCAGAAUUUUAUCAAUGAGAAGAACAUUUACAGAGUGCCUUUGAUGGAACAUGACAACAUUGCUCGCUUUAUAGUUGGAGAUGAGAGAGUCACUGCAGAUGGACGCAUGGAGUAUUUGCUUGUGAUGGAAUAUUAUCCCAAUGGAUCUCUAUGCAAGUAUUUGAGUCUCCAUACAAGUGACUGGGUAAGCUCUUGCCGUCUGGCUCAUUCUGUGACUAGAGGACUGGCUUAUCUUCAUACAGAACUACCACGAGGAGAUCAUUAUAAACCUGCGAUUUCCCAUCGAGAUUUAAACAGCAGAAAUGUCUUGGUGAAAAAUGAUGGAACCUGUGUUAUUAGUGACUUUGGGUUGUCCAUGAGGUUGACUGGAAAUAGACUGGUACGCCCAGGGGAAGAAGAUAAUGCAGCCAUAAGUGAGGUUGGCACAAUCAGAUAUAUGGCACCAGAAGUUCUAGAGGGAGCUGUGAACCUGAGGGACUGUGAAUCAGCUUUGAAACAAGUAGACAUGUAUGCACUUGGACUAAUCUAUUGGGAGAUAUUUAUGAGGUGUACAGACCUCUUCCCAGGUGAAUCUGUACCAGAAUACCAGAUGGCUUUCCAGACAGAAGUUGGAAACCAUCCCACUUUUGAAGAUAUGCAGGUUCUGGUGUCUAGGGAAAAACAGAGACCCAAGUUCCCAGAAGCUUGGAAGGAAAAUAGCCUGGCAGUGAGGUCGCUCAAGGAGACAAUCGAAGACUGUUGGGACCAGGAUGCAGAGGCUCGGCUUACUGCACAGUGUGCUGAGGAGAGGAUGGCUGAACUUAUGAUGAUAUGGGAAAGAAACAAAUCUGUGAGCCCAACAGUCAACCCAAUGUCUACUGCUAUGCAGAAUGAGCGCAACCUGACCCAUAAUAGGCGUGUGCCAAAGAUUGGCCCUUAUCCAGAUUAUUCUUCUUCUUCAUACAUUGAAGACUCUAUCCAUCACACUGACAGCAUUGUGAAGAAUAUUUCCUCUGAGCAUUCAAUGUCCAGCACACCUUUGACUACAGGGGAAAAGAACCGAAACUCAAUUAACUAUGAACGACAGCAAGCACAAGCUCGAAUCCCCAGCCCUGAAACAAGCGUCACCAGCCUGUCCACCAACACAACCACCACAAACACCACUGGCCUCACUCCAAGCACCGGCAUGACCACUAUAGCUGAGAUACCAUACCCAGAUGAAACAACUCUUCAUGCCACAAAUGUUUCACAGCCAAUUGGGCCAACCCCUGUCUGCUUGCAGCUGACAGAAGAAGACUUGGAGACCAAUAAGCUAGACCCAAAAGAAGUUGAUAAGAAUCUCAAGGAAAGUUCUGAUGAGAAUCUCAUGGAGCAUUCUCUCAAACAGUUCAGUGGGCCAGACCCUCUGAGCAGCACCAGUUCUAGUUUGCUCUACCCACUCAUAAAGCUUGCAGUAGAAGUGACUGGACAGCAGGACUUCACACAGGCUGCCAAUGGCCAAGCAUGUUUAAUUCCUGAUGUCCCACCCACUCAGAUCUAUCCUCUCCCCAAGCAACAGAACCUUCCUAAGAGACCUACAAGUUUGCCUUUAAACACCAAAAAUUCAACAAAGGAGCCCCGGUUGAAAUUUGGGAGCAAGCACAAAUCAAACUUGAAACAAGUAGAAACUGGAGUUGCCAAGAUGAAUACAAUCAAUGCUGCAGAACCUCAUGUGGUGACUGUCACCAUGAAUGGUGUGGCAGGUAGAAGCCACAACGUUAAUUCCCACUCUGCCACUACCCAGUAUGCCAAUGGGGCGGUACCAUCUGGCCAGACAGCCAACACAGUGGCACACAGGGCCCAAGAAAUGCUGCAGAAUCAAUUCAUUGGUGAGGACACCAGGCUGAAUAUUAAUUCCAGUCCUGAUGAGCAUGAACCUUUAUUGAGGCGAGAGCAACAGGCUGGCCAUGAUGAAGGUGUUCUGGAUCGUCUAGUGGACAGGAGGGAACGGCCACUGGAAGGUGGCCGAACUAAUUCCAAUAACAACAACAGUAACCCAUGUUCAGAGCAAGACAUUCUUACACAGGGUGUUCCAAGCACAGUAGCAGAUCCUGGACCAUCAAAGCCCAGAAGAGCACAGAGGCCUAAUUCUUUGGAUCUUUCAGCCACAAAUAUCCUUGAUGGCAGCAGUUUGCAGUUAGGUGAGUCAACACAAGAUGGCAAAUCAGGAUCUGGUGAAAAGAUCAAGAAACGUGUGAAAACUCCCUAUUCUCUUAAGCGGUGGCGCCCCUCCACCUGGGUUAUCUCCACUGAACCACUGGACUGUGAGGUCAACAACAAUGGCAGUGACAGGGCAGUUCAUUCCAAAUCUAGCACCGCUGUUUACCUUGCAGAAGGAGGUACUGCCACAACUAUGGUGUCUAAAGAUAUAGGAAUGAACUGUCUGUGAAAUGUUUUAAAGCCUAUGGAGUGAAAUUAUUUUUUGCAUCAUUUAAACAUGCAGAAGACAUUGGAAAAAAAAAUCUGCUUUAUCCUCCUGUCAGUACCCCCCACCCCCACCCCUGCAACAAAGACUUGCUUUAAAUAGAUUUCAGCUAUGCAGAAAAAUUUAGCUUAUGCUUCCAUAUUUUUAAUUUUGUUUUUUUAAGUUUUGCACUUUUGUUUAGUCUCGCUAAAGUUAUAUUUGUCUGUUAUGACCACAGAAUUAUAUGUGUGUAUCAAAAGUGGUCUCAAAAUAUUUUUUUAAGAAAAAAAAGCAAAAACAAUGUAUUGCUGAUAAUCAGUUUGAAGCAGUUUCUAAAGGUCAUUAAAACAGAAGCAAAUUAAGACAGGUUUGACAGCAGUGGUAUCUGGUAUCCAUGUUUUUUUUCUGGGCACAAGCUAGUUUAUAUGUUGAUACGUUCCUGAACAUAUUGUCUGUUGGACAUUCUUUUCUCUUGUCUUUUGUUUGAAUGUGCAAUAGUCCAUAGGCCACAAAUAAGCUUUCUUGUAAGCUCUCUUCCUACCGAGCACACAUUCUUCCAUAAUAUGAACAUUUUUUCUCUCUAUCCCCUAUACUUUCGGCAAGUCUGUUCAAAGACAGUGGAUUUUGCAGAGGAGAAAGCAGCUACCUGAUUUCUUGCUUUCUUUCUCCUUAUGGAGAAUGCAGAAACAUUGUCUCAAAGGGCUCUAAAAAAGGAACUACCAAAACCUAUUUUGAAAUGCUAUUUCUUUUAACCUUCCAAAUUCUAAACUUUUCCUUCCAGGCAUUUUAAUAAACAUAUUUGGUUCGGGUUUUGGAAGUUCAUAAGAGAGCAUAGAACAAAGUAGAGGAAGUCAAAUAUUAGCCUUUUUCCAUUUUAUUUUAUUUUUAUAUGUAUGUUAUGUUUCAUUUUCAUUUAUUUAAGAAGCACAUUUUUAUCAGAAAACUUAUAGAGCUAUACUUAUAUGGAAUCUUUAAGUAGGUAGGUGGUUAAGACAAUAUAGUGUUAUAUCCUUCAUUCUCUGAAUAGGCCAUCUUUGACUCAAAUAAAAUUACAUUUCCUGUUUAAAAUAACUUCAAAAGUGAUUCCUAGUUUUGAACCUGUAGUAUCUUUUUAUCCUCUUCCCAAGCAAAGCCUGGUGACUGUCUGCAAAUGAUUCCUCUUCCCGUGACCUCAAACACUGUGUGGAAAAAAAUCAUUCAAUUGGCAUGUCAAAUCCCUGUCGAAGGAGUGCUGCCAAACCUAUCAUUUUUGAGCAGACUGAGACUUACUCUCUCUUUUCAAAAGUGCGUGUUUUUUCACUAAUCCUAUUUUCAUAAUUUCUCCUUUUGCCAAAUUUUCACAUGAUCUCUGAUAUGUGAGCAGCAUUUAUUAUUUACAUUAUAUUCAAAUAUACCUUUUAGUGAUAAGAUGUUAUGUAUCAUUCAAAUCAUACUGUUUUAAAGCUUCUUUCCUACUUUCAUUACUGACAAUUGUCUCUAAAACAACUUCUGCAUGUUUGUUUUUUUUAAAUAAAGCACUUUAUGUCAAAUAAGGGACUUUUUUUAAUAAGCACAAAUUACUUUCUAUCAAUUUGCAAACAGUGAUACUGUCACUUAUUUUUUACAGAUUCUCCGAGUACUUAGUACACCUUAUCUAAUUAAGUUCUAAGAUUUCUCUGGGACAUAAAAAGCUAAGAGGAAACAAAAAUCCCCCGAACAAUCUUUUCUCACUCAUAUUUCUCUAGCUUCAUCAUUUAGCUAAAAA